AAGCUCUGGGGUUAGGUAUUACUUUUUGCCCUGAUCUUUGAGUGAACUACUCAUCAAAAUUUUAUUUUAAUUUUUGGACCUUUAAUUUUUCAAUCUUUCAAUGUUGUCCAGUUCAAAGAAAAACGGUUAUCGCACCGUUUGUCUCAUAUACCGAAGUUUCUCUGCCAAUUCUACAUUCAUGGCGAAGUAUUCGAGGAAGGAAAACGAAAAACGUCUUGUUAAUGUUUUUGGUGAAACCAUUUCAAGCCAACAUGAAACUUUUUCAAAAAGAUCUAUAAAAGAGAAAGCUUUCUCUAAGACUUAUGAUACAGCUGAAAAGCUUACACCCAUGGAGAUGAAAAGAAGGAAGUUCGAAGAAAUCUCAAAUGUAGAUGAAAUAAUUCCAUUUUCAGAGAUUCAAACCUUUGGCAGAAGCAGAAAGAAUGACAGACGAAAACCCCAAAAAGAAGAUAAGCAAUAUGCGGUUAAUAUAAAAGCUUUGUGUCGAAAGACAAUGCAUAAUCCAUUUUGGGAUUCUACUACCAACAUUCUUAACAAAAAACAAAAGGAAGAAAACUUAGUUGAUGUCUACGGUCAAAUAAUUGAGAAACAAAUGAAAAGCGAGCCUUCCGCUCCCGGUAUAAAUCAAUUCAGUCUAAACUCAAAGUUAGAACAUCCAACAAACAAGCUAAAUGAAGAAUCAGAGCCAGUUGACACGUCUGCUCAAUUAAUCGCUAACGGAAAGAAACAUUAUGAAUAUUUUUCAAAUCAAUCGAAUAGAAAAGAAACCACGAAAGGAACAUCAACACGUAAGUUGAGCAAAAUGUAUAUUAAAAGGAAAAAACCAUAUGCUGUAUACGUCAAAAAAUGCAGACUCAAAAUGAAUUUAGAAUACCCUAAUAUAGUCAACAAAAUUCAAAAGGAAGAAAAUUUAGUUGAUGUCUACGGUCAAAUAAUUGACAAAUCAAUGAAAAGCGAGCCUUCCGCUCCCAGUAUAAAUCAAUUCAGUCUAAACUCAAAGUUAGAACAUCCAACAAAUCUCACCGCAAAGCUAAAUAAAGAAUCAGAGCCAGUUGAUGCAUCUGCUCAAUUAAUCACUAACGGAAAGAAACAUUAUGAAUAUUUUUCAAAUCAAUCGAAUAGAAAAGAAACCACGAAAGGAACAUCAACACUCGCAAAACGAAUCUAGAAUACCCAAUUUACUCAAGGCCAAACAAAAAUAUAUCCACAGAGCUUAAUGAAAAAGUAGAGCUUUUGGAUGUUUAUGGGCAAGCUUUUAGAAAAAAACAGGAAGAAAAAAAGCCAUAUAGAGUGAAUGAAAUUGUUAGCGAAAAAAUUGAGAAAAAGCAUCCAGAAUUUGAUGUGUUUAGGGAAACUUAUAAAGAAAGAAAACCAUAUUCAGUAGCUAUAAGAUUUCCAUCUUACGCUUCCCCUAAGAAAACAUUUCCUGCAUAUCAAGAGGAGGAAGAGACAGUUGAUGUCUAUGGGCAAGAACAAGAGGAAGAUUAUGAAGCCUUCGACUAUACUUCUAGACAACAGAGGGAAAAAAACCCGAUCUUCGUUUUGAUUGACAAUAAAGAGAACUCAGUCGAACUUGAUAUUUCUUGUCCAAAGGGGGGAAAAAGGAUGACCUCUUUUAAUAAGAACAUCAACCGGAAGCAACAUAAAAACUUUUCAAGCAAAUUUGAGCAUAGCGAAAAAGAAAUUAAAAGAAAUGUGGAUGAAAUGUUGGAUCCAUUUCAGAAUGAAGAGAUAACUGAAGUCAAUCCCAAACAGUAUAUAAGGAAACGGCCUAUGAAUGCUAAAAACAUCGACAGGAUGGCUUACGAUAAAAAUCUUGAUAUUCCCAAAAUAUCUAGUGAAAAUCAAAACGAUGAAAAUCUAUUUAUUAAGAACGAGUAGUAUGACAUGAGAAUUCUGAAAACUUCGACAAGUUAUGUAGAAUGCAGAAGGAAAAAUAACUCGUUAACAAUGGGAUCUUUAACCGGAAACAGAUGAAAGAGAAACAAAUAGACUUCGACAAUUCUAAUGAUGGCCAGAAAAAUUAAAGUUACAUUGCUAUGGGCGAGAUAUUCGUUCUAAAGCAGAUAUAAUAAAAGAGAGAGUUUGCUCACACUGCCUUUUCUCGCAGAGUGUAAUUCUGUCGUCGUUAGUUCUUGUUAAAUCUAAAUAAAAAUUUAUUAUUAAUAUA